GCCCCGUUUGAUGGCGCAGACGGCUAGGGGUGGUGCUGAAGCGGCGAGGAGGCACUGAGGAGCAGGGGCCGGAGUUGCGGGUGGAGGGAGAGCUCCGGAGGCGGCUUCGGUGAGGAAACAGUUCCUCAGGCCUCGGUGCCUGCCUGACUAGGGGCGGGAGGAAACUUCCCUCCUUCUGUCUUGGGCCCGCCCCGGUGGCUGCGCUGAGUGGGCGGCAGAGCUCGUCAUCAGGGAGGCUACUUCCGCUCAGACCUUGCUGUGGGAGAGAAGGCGGCAACAUGGCGGCAUCGGGGCCGACAGCGCUCCGCGAGAAAAUGAGCCAUAAGCAGUACAAGGCUGUCCUGAGGAAGGAGAGACGCAGGAAACGGCGGCAGGAGCUUGCUCGAUUGAGAGAUGCAGAAUUGUCACAGAAAGAGGAGGAAGAAGAUGCUUUUGCUGAAGAAAAACGAUUGGAAGAAGAAAGACUGAUGGAGGAAGAGAGGCAAAGAUUACAUGAAGAAUGGUUACUGAGGGAAGAGAAGGCACAAGAAGAAUUCAGGGCAAAGAAGAGGAAAGAAGAGGCAGCUCGAAAACGGAGGGAAGAACAAGAGAGAAAGUUAAAGGCAGAAUGGGAAGAGCAGCAGAGGAAAGAGCGAGAGGAAGAGGAGCAGAGACAACAGGAGAAGAGAGAAAGAGAGGAAGCUGUGCAGAAGAUGCUGGAUCAGGCUGAAAAUGAGUUGGAAAAUGGUGGCACCUGGCAGAACCCAGAACCGCCCACGGAUAUAAGAGUACUGGAGAAAGAUCGAGCCAAUUGUCCAUUCUACAGUAAAACGGGAGCUUGCAGAUUUGGCGAUAGGUGUUCACGUAAACACAACUUCCCCACAUCAAGUCCCACCUUGCUUAUUAAGAGCAUGUUUACAACAUUUGGAAUGGAGCAGUGCAGGAGGGAUGACUAUGACCCUGAUUCAAGCCUGGAAUACAGUGAAGAAGAGACCUACCAGCAGUUCCUAGACUUCUAUCAUGAUGUCCUGCCCGAGUUCAAGAACGUGGGAAAAGUGAUUCAGUUUAAGGUCAGCUGCAACUUGGAACCUCAUCUGAGGGGCAAUGUGUAUGUUCAGUACCAGUCGGAAGAAGAUUGUCAAGCAGCUUUUUCUCUUUUUAAUGGACGAUGGUAUGCAGGACGACAGCUUCAGUGCGAAUUCUGCCCAGUGACCCGGUGGAAAAUGGCAAUUUGUGGCUUAUUUGAAGUACAGCAGUGUCCAAGAGGAAAACACUGCAACUUUCUUCACGUGUUCAGAAAUCCCAACAAUGAAUUUAGGGAAGCUAAUAGAGACAUCUACCUGUCUCCAGAUUGGCCUAGCUCCUCCUUCUGUAAGAAUUUAGAGAGGAGGGAAAGGACCAGCCACUAUGAUGAAUACUAUGGCAGGUCAAGAAGACGAAGGAGCCCGAGUCCAGACCUCUCCUACAAGAGAAACGGUGAGUCUGACAGGAAGAGCGGUAGUAAUCACAGGGGGAAGAAGUCUCACAAACACGGGACAAAAAGUCGUGAGAGGCGCAGUUCCCUGAACAGAGGACGAAGAAGAGAUCACAGUCCAGGACCCUGGAGCCAGAGCCGCAGGAGCCGCAGGAGCCGGAGUCGGAGCCAAAGCCGGAGCCGAAGCCAGAGCCGAAGUCGGAGCCGGAGCCGGAGCUCAUCAAGGUCCAGGAGUCAGAGCAGGAGGAAGUCAGGUAGUAGAGACAAAAACACUCAGAGUCCCAAAUCUAAAUAAACUUGGUUGUUUUUAAAUAUCAGUCUGUCUUUUUAUGGCAGCUACUCACCUGUAUAGUUUGACAAGGCUAGUCAAACAUUAUCAUGUAAACCAUACUUUUUGAUAAAUUAUAUAUAUAAAAUAACAUGAAAUUACUUGUAAUGCUAACUUUGAGAGCAUCCAUUAAUACUGGAGUAAUGCUUUAGCAUUUUUUUGUUUUCUGUAUUUCUCUCUCUGAAGUACAGAGGUCAAUUUUCAGGGGUCAGUUACAUCAUGAGAUCCAGGGAUUGAACUGCGAUCAUGAGGCUUUCACACCAAGUAUCUUUACCCUCUGAGCCAUCUUUUUUGUUGUUGUUGUUUUUUUUGAGACAGGGUUUCUCUGUGUAGCUUUGUGCCUUUCCUCGAACUCACAGAGAUCCACCUGGCUCUGCCUCCCAAGUGCUGGGAUUAAAGGCGUGCACCACCACCGCCCGGCCCACCUUUAUUCUUGUUAAGUGUCCAUACCUUUAUGCAUAUGGGUAUUUUGCCUGCAUGUAUUUGUGUGCACCACACGUAUGCCUAGUGCCCAUGGAGACCAGAAGACGGUUUCAGAUCCCCUGGACUGGAGUUAUAGACGGUUGUGAACUACCAUUUUGGGUGCUGAGAAUGAAACCCAGAUCCUCUAGAAGAGUAGCCAGUACUCUUAACCACUGGACCAUCUCUCCAGCCCAACACACUUGAUUUUUUAACUCAAAAGUCACAUAUGGCUUUAAUGUUUUUCACUCAGUUGUCUCAUUUCAUUAAUCCUGAUUCUUUAGUCCCAAAAUUCGUAUUUUUACUCAUUUCAUAGAGAAUACAAUCUACAUUUAUUUGACAGCAUCCCUAUUGUUGGAUUUUUAGGGAUGACGCUCUUAGAUUUCCUUAGCGAUUUCCAUACAUUUUGAUCAAUUUCUUAGAAUAAUCCAUGUCAAGAAAGCAAUACAAAUUGCCUUCCUGUAAGAUGACAAAGUUACCUUACAGCUCCCACGGCACAAAGUUAGCUUGAUCUUUACCAGUUUGGCAAGUUUAGGUAUUUAAGUUAUUGUUUUUUAUUAUUGCUGUUUUUUGUACUUAAUGGACAUUAUUUUUUGUUCUUUUAAAAUACUGUAUUUUUUCUAUAUGUAAAAGUUGAAUUUUUUUGCUGUUUCAAAGUGUUGCAGUACCCAUUUCUAUACUCCUCUUUCCCCAUAUCUACAGCCCCUCCUUUGCCUGGGGGCUGUCGCGGUGUAUGUCUUACUUGAAUAGUGUGUUGUGACAGUUCUUUAUAUAGAGGCAUUUUGUCAUUUCCCAGAAUAUAUGUCACUAUUGACUCCAUGCACUGUUAAAACAGUCCUGGUAUAACAAUCACUGAAGAGUGAUCAGCGAAGAGAACUGAAUGUAGACCAUGUAUAUUAUCCCUAGCUUUCCCAAGAUGCUUUCCUCUCAGAGACUUUCACUGUCUCGCUCUGGACGUCAACAUUCAGUGUCACAUGGUAUUUAGGAAUCUGAUGUUUGAGAUUUCAUUAAAGAUGCAUACAAGUUGUGUGUGGUGGCUUAUGCCAGUAAUCCCUGCGCUUGGGAGGCUGAUGCCAGCCAGGGCUAGAGUGGGACCCUGCCUCAUUUUAGAAAAAAAACAAAAACAAAAAAACAGGCACAAAAUGUUGAAAAAUUUUAACAAAAUGCAACUUGUUUCAAUUCUAAAUGUCUACUUGAUACUAAAAAUGAUGGAUUUCUAUAUUCACUGGGUUCAUUAAUGCUGAAUAAAGUAAAUUUGGUACUUUUAAAAUACUGUUCAAACUUCAGCCAAGAUGAUGUAAAAAUUGUUUUGUAUGUGUGAUGCUGGGGCUUCAAACAUAGUAGGCAGGGGUGCUACCCCUGAGGUCCAUCCUCAGUCCUAAAGCUACAUAUUUAGAUCCUGAUGGGAAAGGAAAGAAAAUCCAUCUUCGUGGGUUCAAGACAACUGAACAAGUGAUGACUUUCUCCUCAAAUGUUAAUGGCCAGUACAGAGUGCAGGGGGAGUUUAGAAAACCUCUGCCUGGGUCAUUCCCCUGAGAGUGACUUUGAGCUUACAUUUACUAUAAUGAAUGGAUGCCUGUGUGUGUCUGUGAUAAAUUACAACUCAACUCCACAUUACUGAUAGAAGCUCACAGGCUUUUUAGUGAACAGCUGCAUUUGCAAAAGCCCUUUAAACCUACAAAUGUCUGUUUCAACUUAAUUUGCUCAAAAUCCUUUCCUUGUUCUUAAAUAUCUCAGGCUUAGAAUGCAAUAAUUUCUGUUUGCAGUAGCAGAAGGCCCCAUAACCAUACUAGUACUGUAACUGGAAGUUUGACUUGUUGCUUACAGUAGGCAGCAGUCAGCAAAUAUUAGUCUGUUGCAUGUGCUAGCACUUCCUCAUAUGUAGGAGGUGAGGAUUCACCAUUUGGAUAUCAUUUGAUUAUCUGGAGUAAUCCGAGUUGCUAAAUCAGAAAGCGUAUAAAAGGCAGCUACAUCAAGGGGUUAAAAGCGGCAUUUAUUAAUUGAAAAUAAAUGUGUUGUAAGUUCUUGAUAGCAUAAAAUUCAUGUGAUUUUUUUUUUAAUGAGCUUGAUGUACAUGAAAAUUCCUCGACUCCUGUCAUUUUUGUGUGUGCUUGCAACCACCGUGACAUUCCAGUGCUGGGGGUGGGGUGUCAGAUGGAGAGGGAUUGUCAACACUGUAUUGAAAAAGAAAGAACCCUUCAACAGCUCUCCCUAGUUUGACAAAACUUUUGGAAAGAGAUAAAAGUACACCACAGUGUUUGUAGAACAUUUAUUACCAUUAAUUGGUGAUGUGAUAAGACAGUGUUCAGGUGGCUUGAAAGUUGUUCACAAUCACAGCAAAGCUUACUCCAGCCUAGCAUAUACAGGGGAAAGUAGAAAUCAGGGAGAUGUGUUCAGGUAUGUGUCAGUGUGUAGAAAAGUGAUGCCGAGCACUUAUAUAGCUUGAAAAAAUAUAGAGCCAACUAAUGCCAUUUUACUUCACUCAAUUCUCACUUUGCUGUACGAAAGGUAUCUUUUAAAUUUCCGUAAGACUUCCGAUGACUAGGCAGUAACGGGAAAGGGAAGGGAGCUGCUGUCAAGUUUGUAGCACUUCUAAUUGGAAGGAAGCAACAGGGAAGCAAAAAUAAAUUUGGCUUUAACAAGCACCCCAGAAGGAACAUUCAUGCUCUAGAUAAUGACUUUAUGUAACACUUUGUGAACAGAGCAACAUACUGUUAUGAAGAAUACCUGGUAAUUAACGGUUCUACUUUAAUUUGGGGUAUUGAAAACAAGUAACUACAUGAUUAUGACCACUAAAACUUUACCUCAGGAGUCAAAUGUUCCUUGGCCUUAAAAAUUAUGUGCUCAAGAUUAGGAAAGUCUUUGUUCCUUGUCCCACUCAUUCAGAAUACUUAAUGAAUUUUAGUGUAAAAUAGCAACAUUCUAAGUUAGUCCUCUAAAAGCAUCUAUUCCCUUUGUUGUAAUGUAUGAUGUAUCCAAUAAGGGUCUUUGGUAUAAAUUUGGUUACCUAAAUUUUCAAUAAACUUUCUUUCAUUUGA